GCAGGAACAUGGACAAGAAAAAGAGCAAACUUGUUGGCAUUGUAGAUGAUCGUGAAAAUGAUAGAUUUAAAGAUAUUCGCAUUGAGAGGACAGAUGAAUUUGGUCGAAUUAUCACUCCCAAGGAAGCCUUCCGGAUGCUUUCUCAUAAAUUUCAUGGUAAAGGGCCUGGCAAAAUGAAGCAAGAGAAACGGCAGAAGCAAUAUCAGGAAGAAUUGAAGCUGAAGCAAAUGAAAAAUUCUGAUACACCUUCCCUGUCAGUGGAGAGGAUGAGGGAAGCUCAAGCUCAGCUGAAAACACCCUACCUUGUCCUUAGUGGUCAUGUGAAACCGGGGUAUGGUUUAUAUAUUGUUUUAGGUUAAUUGUAAUCUCUGCUG